AUGCCGUUUUCCUGGCCAAGACUGUUGCACAUCUUGAUAGGCGUUGGGAAAGCGAUGGCUUAUCUUCACUCGGGGGGCGUUGUUCACCGCGACAUUGCUUCCCGGAACAUCCUAUUAGAUGGUGAAUUCAACGGCAAGCUAAAUGACUUCGGGCUGUACAAGCUGCUCGCUGCUGGGAAUGGUUAUUUUGCUACUCAUGUGUAUCCUAACAAUAGGCGCCCCAUGGACAACGCAGGAAGAUGUGCAUCAGUUUGGCAGGGUGGUGUUGGAAGUGUUGCACUAGAGACGCUCCCUGGACCAAAGGGGCCUGGUGGAGACUACUGCUUUUCAGUGCUUGCAGUCAUGUCCCCACGCAAGGCCCUCAAUGACUCAGGUGGUGGCUCGCCUCCAACACUCUCUGGACUUGCAAACCCACAGCCACCGCCUGAGUCAUUGAGGGCCUUGCGUGGGGACAUGACUGCAAGCACUGAAAAGCAGUAG